AUGACGUCCCCAACCCCCCACAAACCCAGUCCCCGCAUCUCCCUCAAACAACUAACAAACGACCACCAUCUCCAGUCCUAUCACAAGCUACUAACCCAUCCCUCGGCAGCGCAAUGGAGCAUCAGUCAAAAGCCUACAAGCCUGGAAGAAAGCAGGACGAGUCUCAUGGCCAAGAUGCCAACAGGGGAGGAACCAUGGAGGGGCAUCUGGGGGAUAUUCUUAACAGGGGGUGCUGGGGAAAGUGAGAAGUUUAUUGGUUCGAUGGGGUUUCCUUUCGAGGCUGUGCUUGGUUAUCGAUUGAUGCCGGAAUAUUGGGGAAAGGGGUAUAUGACUGAAGCCCUGAAACUGUUUUUGGUGAUGUGGUUUGGGAUUGAGGGUUUGUUAUUUUCUUAUCUCUUCCUCUUCUUUUCUCUUCUCCCCCUUCAGAACCUCCACACCUCAUUCCUCUCUCGUUCUAAGCCUCUCCCUAAUGAAAUAAGCAGGGAAUCAAAAGUACGAUAAACUCUCCGCCGGUAUCAGCCCAGAGAACAUCGCUAGUCAAAGGGUUCUCGAGAAAGCGGGGUUUGUAAAGGGUGCGUAUGUUAAGGAUGCUGUGCAGAUGGCUACGGAGGAGGGGAGGUGGAGUGAUAUCCAGGCUUUUGAGUUUUAUCGAGGUUUGUUGGAUAAGGGGGAU